CCUCCAAGUUCUGGUUCGUUCCUUCCCUCCUUUUUGCCUUGACAAUCGGAUCACAUCGUUCCACUGCUAAAAUUGAUCCAUUUCAUUUUCAUCCAAGCCCAGAAAUUUGCAGGAAGAAAAGAAGAACAUCUCAUUUGUUUCCAAAAGAAUCAUUAAAUUUAAUUUGAUUUUGUGCAUUGCUUGACUUGAAUUUUAGAAUUGACUGAUUCUAAUUGGCUGUUUUCAAUUGAUAUUAUCUUGUAUUAAUGCGAAUUUUCUACGAAAGAAGUCAAUGAUCAUUCCUUAAUUUACUUUCCUUCUUCAGCUAUGGCCAGUUUAUGCACCAAUUUGUGGUUUUCUUGUUCGAUUUAAUCAAUCAAGUCAGCUUUUUCUCUGAUCAAUACCAGGUAUGGAUCAUCAUAGGGUGAGUUCAAUGCAUUCAUGGCAGAGGAGCAGUGCAGAAUCACCGCUUGCUUCGUCAUCGCCGUUGGCGUCCCCAAUACAUCCUCGCCAUGUCCGGACGGGAUCAGCUGGCGCACCUGGCGUGAGGAAAGCACAGACAAAAGCUGCGGCACAGAGGCUUGCACAGGUGAUGUCACAUCAACCAGCGGAUGAUGAGGACAGUGAAGAAGAAGAUCUUUCCGUUGAUUAUAAAAAUACUCCCACUAGCAUUGGCACCAUUGGCCUUGCUGGUGGAAGAAGAAUGCCGCGCCCACAGUCUCCUAAGCCCAAUCCUAAAGUUCAGAGUCCUGUAGUGAGGAAGAAACAACAACUACAAACGCAACCGCAACUAGUUGACGAGUACAAUGAUACGGAUGAUGAUUAUGAGUUAAUGACUGGUCCGGUGACUGUUGGACGCGCUGGUGGAAAGUCGAUCAGACCCCGUUCUCCUAUGCUAGUUCGUAACAAACAAGAACAGUCUCUGUCAGCACAUUCAUCACCAGGCAGCCGACCAUUACCGUCUUUCAUCUCUGUGGAACAAUCAUCACCAAUUCCAUUUCGUUCAGUAUCCCCGCCAUCUCAUGCCACAAGCCCCAUGGAAGAGCCUUUGUCCGCUCGUUCUUUAAUGGUUGGGCGGUCAUCCAUGAAUUUUGUAGAACAGCCUUCAUCUGUUCGCUCAUCAAUGUCUGCUCGAUCAUCCCUCAACUCCACCGAACAACCUCCGUCUGCUCGUUCAACUUCAGCUGCCCGUACAAAUGUUAAGACAGCUCCAAUUCCCUCUAGUGUCCCAAUAUCUCUAAGGCCAGUUUCUCCAGUAAUUUCACCAGAGAAUUCAGUAGAUAAUCGAAGAGAUAAAAGGUAUUCAGUGGAUUUUGGGACUACAAAUCUAAGAGAUACUGGCAGCCAUCAUUCAGCUUCUGCUUUACAAGAUGAGGUUGACAUGCUGCAGGAAGAAAAUGACAGUUUAAUUGAAAAGCUUCGACUUGCAGAGGAGAGGUAUGAGGAGGCAGAUGCAAGGGCUAGGCAGCUUGAGAAGCAGGUUGCUACUCUUGGAGAAGGUGUAACAUUAGAAGCUCGCCUUUUAAGUAGAAAGGAGGCAGCUCUUCAGCAAAGGGAGGCUGCUCUGAGAGUUGCAGAACAAAGUAGUAAACCUGAAGAAAUUGCUGCUCUUAGGACAGAAGCUGAGACUGCUAAGGAUGAGGCAACAUCUGCUCUGGUGCAGCUCAACGAAGCUGUUUCUGAAGUUAAAUCACUCAGGACUUUGACACACAGAAUGAUUUUGACAGAGGAGGAAAUGGAAGAAGUUGUUCUAAAGAGGUGUUGGCUUGCACGGUAUUGGAGCUUGUCUUUUCUACAUGGUAUCCAUGGAGAUCUCGCUGGAGCAAAAUAUGAAUACUGGUCAUCCUUUGCACCUCUUCCUUUUGAAGUAGUAUUAGCUGCUGGACAGCGAGCUAAAGAGGAGAACUUAUCAACAAAUAGUAAUGCAAGUGAAAGAGAAAAGGUUUUACGGGACAUGCAUGAACUUUCUGGAGUUGGAACCAUUGAAAGCAUGCUUCUAGUUGACAAAGGUUUGCGGGAACUGUCUGCAUUGAAGGUAGAAGAUGCUGUAGCACUUGCUAUGGCUCAGAAACGACGGCCAAAUUUGCUGAAAACGGACGACGUCAAGCUACCUGCCGAAGGACAAUUUGAAGCGUUUGAAUUGAGCCAAGAGGAGACUGAAGAUGUGCUGUUUAAGCAAGCAUGGCUUUCAUAUUUCUGGAGAAGAGCAAAAAGCCAUGGACUGGAACCAGACAUAGCAGAAGAACGCUUGGAAUUCUGGAUCAACCAGAACAAUCGAUCUUUCACAUCAAUAGAUGCAGUUGACGUUGAGAGGGGGCUACUGGAGCUGAAAAGGUUAGGCAUUGAGCACCAGCUAUGGCACGAGUCUCGCAGAGGGCUAGAUGUCGACUCCAAUUCUAGAUCAAUUGCUGAGUCCAAAUUUUGAUGAUCAAAAUUAUGAUUGUUUUUAAAAAAAUAUAUAUUUGCAAAAUAUUUAAAGAGAAAUGUCGUAAUUUGCUUAAUAGACAGGAGGAUGGUGAUCGUAGUAAAUUGAGAAUGAUUUUGUUUUUGUGAUGUUACAUGUAACCUUAUUAUUGUAUGAGAUGGCUAAGGUGAAUGACUAAUAUUUUUUAAUUGAGAUAAUUGGAUGU